UUCAGCGGUCUUUCUUGUUUUUCAAUAUUUAUUUACAACCGGUAAUAGGGCGGUAUUGGAAACGGACAGCGUUCAAUAAAUUACAGGAAAAGAUUACCUGUGCAACAUACUAGAGGCUACCUUGAAAUGGAUCAUCAGCUGUGCCUGAGUUGCAAAAACCACCAGGCCACUUUGGUCGGGGUGUUUAAAAACCUGCUGGAGAUCGGAUCCCUGGCCGAUUGCACCGUCGCCGCCGAAGGAAAGUAUAUCAAGGCCCUCAAACUGGUGCGGGAUUCAGUCCCUACUUUGCGGAACAGUACGACAAACACCCCAUCUGAAUGGUCAAGGACGUCAGGUACACGGAACUUCGCGCCAUAAUGCUCUAUAUGUACCACGGCGAGGUGCACAUUCCGCACAGCCAGCUGACAUCCCUCCUGAAAGCCGAAUCGCUGAAGAUCAAAGGUCUCCAGCAGGAGAAUCAACAGGAGGAUAUCCAGAUAGAACGUUUGCAAGAGCAAAAAUAUAUCAUAUCGACCUCAAAAACUCGGUCGUUUAACGACAAAUGGUGAGAAACCAGUCGGGAAAAUGCGGCAAAGAUGCUAUACAGCGUAAAAAAUAAUUUAUGCCAAAAAAAAAACCAUCUGAAUUAAACGACUCAGAAAAAUGUUAAUUUAUUUAUUUAAAAACUAUAUACACUUUCUGACCUUAGGUACAAAACCAACACAGAAACAACACACAUGUUGCGAUAAAAAAAAAAAUUGCGAAAAUAUGUGCGAAAUUGGGGAAAAAGUUCUUAACCAGAUCCAAAAUCUUCCCGAUCUGGUAGCACAAACCUCUUAUUUUUCGGUCUGGCAGCAGGAUAUUUUUAAUUUGCUAGUGGCAACGCUGGAAGCUUUAAAUCAAGAAAUGUAAAUUCUGAGACUUUAAACCUGGUGUAAGUCCAGGCUUUAAUACAAAAUCCCAAUAUUUCUCCACUUAGGAAAGUCGAAAACCUUUUACAGUAAAAUCUCACUAGGUGGCGCCACCCUCUAAAACCCCU